UCGUCAUUUCCCGCGGAGCUGUCAAAACAGUGGCGUUGAGUGUAGAAAUGCUCCGCGUUGGGUUUUAAAACGGGACCAAACUGGAUUUUUACCGACCAGAAAAAUGUAGUUAGUGACUUUUCCACAUCCUCGUUGCCUUUUUUAGUACGUGACAUACACAUACACGACAUUUGGUCCACGUUUGUUUGCUGACCAGCUCCGCUGAAAGGCUUCUUCCUCCUCCUGCACUGCAGCGGCGGCUGAACGGGGCUGAAACAUUCUUUAUAACCUUAAGGUGAGUGGGCGGGGCUAACCUACUGUCGGCUGAAUAGGCAGGCAUGGAGGCGCACAGUUCAGGGCUGAGCAGGAAAAGGAGAAGAGAGGGAUCCAACGGAGAAGCAGGGGAUGAAGGACGGGGUGGAAAAAUCCCACGAAGGACUUCAGGCCUGACCGACCCUGCGCCCUUCGCUGAUCAGUUGGAGAUUGUGAAGGCUCCUUACACUCGAGUGAAUUUAGAAGAAGCCCGUCGUGGCACACCAGAGAAUCGUCCAGUGCGUGUGUAUGCUGAUGGGAUUUUUGACAUGUUUCACUCUGGACACGCCCGCGCUCUGAUGCAGGCUAAGCGUCUUUUUCCCAACACCCAUCUCAUUGUAGGCGUAUGCAGCGAUGCUUUGACACACAAACUCAAGGGCUUCACUGUUAUGAAUGAGGACGAGCGCUACGAUGCAGUGAGCCACUGUCGCUACGUGGACGAGGUGGUCAGGGACGCGCCGUGGACGCUAACUCCAGAAUUUCUGGCUGAGCACAGAAUUGACUUUGUCGCCCAUGACGAUAUUCCCUACGUUUCUGCUGGGAGUGAUGAUGUUUACAAGCACAUAAAGGAGGCAGGCAUGUUUGCACCAACGCAACGAACAGAGGGCAUCUCCACAUCAGACAUAAUCACCCGCAUCGUCCGGGACUACGACGUUUAUGUGCGACGCAACCUGCAGAGAGGCUACACUGCCAAGGAGCUAAACGUCAGCUUCAUCAACGAGAAGAAGUACCACCUGCAGGAGCGUGUGGAUAAGGUGAAGCAGAAGGUGCGCGACGUGGAAGAGAAGAGUAAGGAGUUUGUGCAGAAGGUUGAAGAGAAGAGCAUCGACCUCAUUCAGAAGUGGGAAGAGAAAUCCAGAGAGUUUAUCGGCAACUUCCUGCAGAUGUUUGGACCAGACGGGGCACUGAAGCACAUGUUGAAGGAAGGUAAAGGGCGGAUGCUGCAGGCGAUCAGCCCCCGACACAGCCCCAGCAGCAGCCCGGCGCGGGACGAGCGCUCUCCUUCACCCACCUUCCGUCUUCCUUUCUUCACCAAAACCUCUCCCUCCAGCUCUCCUCCUCACUACAGCGAUGCACACAGCAUCAGCGAGGACGAGGAGGACUAGAGGACAUCUCAUCUUCAUCAUCACCUUCUGUUUAUUCCUCCCUUAUGAUUGUAUUAUUAUUACGGUAUUCACUAGAAAUCAGGUGCCUACACACAUCUGUUUGCCACUUCAGUAAAAGGUUUCUUCUCUUGCUUUCUCUCUUUGUUUAAAGCAACAGCCCAGCGUUUUGUAGCCCAAUCUCUGUCCGGUGCAUCAGCAGCGAUUACCAUGGACAGUAAUUUGCCCGUAUUUAGCAAAGAGCGCCAGCCCAUUGCCUUCUAUUCUAAUUGUGUUUUGAGUCAGUGGAUUGUCUGUUAAUACAGGGAAAUGCAAUAUUAUUGUCUGAGGCAAUUGGCUACUCUGCUAUAGAUUCAUAAGAUAGAGAUUAAGUGCAAAAUGCUGGAGUAUUCCUUUAACCUCCGACCAACAGUGUUCAACUUUGAAAGAAGUCCUAACCUGUAAUACACAAUCAUAAUGACUAAAUUAGCCUAGAAGUUUAGUGAGGAGUUUAAAUUUUGGCAUAUCCAACACUCUGUUUCGUCUCUCCUCCGCUGUUAACCACUAUAUGAAGGGCAAAUCUAUAGUUAAUUUUUUUCCCCCAAAAAAAGUAUUUAUCACAAAGCCUCUUCAAUGUUUGUUUAAUUAUGUAUUUUUUAAAAGCACAUACAUGUUUGAUUUGUGCAUUAAAUCUAGUAUAUACUACUAUUAAACCGUUAAACCCAGUAUGAUCCAUACAGUGCAGUGCACAGACUAUGCAGCCAUCAGACUGACCCAUCCAUGCACUAGUGCUGAAUGAUGAAUCUUUUUCAUAUAUAAAUUGCAAUUUGAAAGGGUGCAAUUUCCAAAGCUGCAGAGCUGCAACGUUAAUUACAUCCCACAUUAUUUAACACUGUCUUAACAACUUGUUAAAGCUGCACUAUGUAAGAUUUUUUUAAUUCAAAUUGAAAGAAGCAACUUUGCUGAGUCAGGAGAAUAAAAACAGGCAGAAGUAUGGUGAGUUCGCUCUGUGAAGCCUGAAAUAAUCACGUAAACAUCAGAGGCAUCAAGUUUUUCACGCCACCUCAUACGUCUUUACGUAUUAACGUCACAGACUCAAAAAGAAGGUCCGGGUCAAUGUUUUGGUCUCAAAUGCAAAAUCAGCAUUAUACUGAUGAAGAUAUGAUGACGAUAGUAGAUAAUUCACGUGUGCAACCAUCAGAUUUAUCUGCUCAGGGAAGGGGUUCGAAGCCCAACCCAUGUUACAGAAAGUUCUUAUAUGCAGUUACACAUUUCCACCAGAGAGGUCUCCAAAUCCCCAAAACUUAUAUAGUGCAGCUUUACGUUUAAAUGGAUGAAUUUAACCUAAUGAUACAGACCUGAAUUGACAGUCUUGCACACUACAUUUAGCAUUCAAGCCUGAGAAAUGGAUGUAAUGGUUUUGUUGAGAAAAAAAGCUUAAUUUCUCGAAAAUAAACAUUUAAAUUGCAGCAUUGGUCACAAAAAUCCCCCCAAAUCGUUCAGUCCGACCAUGCGCCUCUUACAGAGGAGUUCUUUAGUAGCAACUCUUUCUAGGUUGGACAAGCUUAAAGCAGAAAUAACAACCUGGCAACAGUUGCUACAAAAGAAUGCAUCUGUGGGCGGAGCAUUGAUCGAUUGACGUUUUCGUUUUUGGGUCAUUUGCUGAGACACAUCCCAUUUAAAGCAAAGGGAGAGUUAUGCAUAUUAGCACCCAGUAAAAAAACAAUCCUCAUCUGCCCCCAAUGUCUGUCCAUUGUCUGGAUCUUUUCAUACUUGAACAGAAGCCUAAUUUUCAGACGGAUUCCAGGGAGGUGGCGGGGGGGGCGCUGGGUUCGGUUAACACCCCCCCAGCCCACCACUUCUUUUCCAGCCAGUUUAGACUACAGGAAUGUUCCACUCACUUCAACCCAAACUUUACACUGCAAAGCACUGGAAAUAUGCCAUACUGAAAAGCUGAAGAUUAACAUUCUUCUCUUAAAAAAAAAAAGGUCAUGCUAAUCAUUCCACUGUGAGGGCGAAAGCCAUAACGUCUGUCUUUCUUAUCCCUGCACUGUCGAAUAUGUGUUUUGUUUUUUUUUUCUCGUUUGUUUGUUUUUUAGUUGUUUGAACAGGGUCAGAUUGCUGUUUUUAAGUAUCUUGUCAUAGCUGUUUUAUUAUCCAGUCCUGUUCAGUUAACAAUCAGUGUCUCUCCUUUAAUUUCUCACACAAUAAAAGUAAGUUUUACAUUCUCUUUUUUUGAGAUUGUACAUUUGUGUGACUGAGUCUUCUUAGUCUUAUUAGUGGCAUCCCACCCACUUUAAUACAACACAGUGUUAGAGGCACAUUUUGUGGUCUGGAUGUGUGAGGGAUGCUGUUUUUUUUUUGUUUUUUUUUUGGCACCCCUAAACCCAGUGGCGCUGGUCCCGGCCUUUUUGGAAAGGAUUUGCCCCACGAAUGUUUACAUUACUUGUGCUUAGCAAGAGACGGUGUUAAAACAAUGGGCUGUGGCAACCUGUAUGAGUUUUCAGACAGUGCUAGUUCUGUAUAAAUGUAAUGAAUGCUCUUACAAGGACCUGAGAAAAAACAACAGUGUGCUUGAAUGUGUCUACCAGCAAGAACACAAUCAAGGCCUCGAGUAGAGUUCUUUGUCAUUGUCAUUGUUGUAAUGAAGCCUUAUGCCAUGCCUGUACAGGCCACAAUGGGUGCACUCAUUAACCCUGUCCUUUAUUCCAUCUGUCUAUCAGCAUAGCUUGUUACUGCCAGCUUAAAAGUACAGUAAUGAACCUGUUAAUGUUCGUAUUGGCUGUGUAGCACCAAGUACUGUACAAACGAAAGCCGAGUUUAAAGCAUGUGAAAGUAAAGUAAGCGAGACUCACACAAAGCA